AAUUCCAGGUUAGCCUGAAGCAAUCGUCCAGAAUGCAGACAGCACUUGCAGUUGCCCUGUUGAUUAGUAACGUUUUAGUUGCUUAUAGUCAGUUUGACCCCCACUGGUGGCCAGGUCGUAGUGGAAUAGUACAACUGUUUGAAUGGAAAUGGAACGACAUCGCAGAUGAGUGUGAACGUUUUUUGGCUCCGAUGGGCUUUGGAGGAGUUCAAAUUUCACCAGCUACGGAAAAUGCUUUGAUAUUUACUCCGUUUCGUCCUUGGUGGGAGCGAUAUCAACCUGUGUCAUAUUAUUUGAAUACUCGUUCCGGCAAUGAAGCAGAAUUCGCUUUGAUGGUGCGUCGAUGCAAUGCUGUUGGCGUAAGGAUUUAUGCGGAUGUUGUUUUAAAUCAUAUGGCUGUCAAUACUCUGUAUGGUGGAGGAGCUGGAUCAUUAGCAGAUGCUAAUACCCUUGCUUAUCCUGCAGUUCCAUACAACUCAUCGGAUUUCAAUACGGAUUGCCAAAUCAACGAGCAAAGUAAUCCCAUUGAGCUGAGAGAUUGCCGUGUAUAUGGUUUACCAGAUUUGAAUCAACGUUCAGAAUGGGUUCGAGACAGAAUAGUGAACCUGUUAAACAAAUUCAUUGUCUACGGAGUGGCGGGAUUUCAUGUAGAUGCCGUGAAGCAUAUGUGGUCAGGUGACCUGCAAGUGAUUUACAGUCGACUUGCCAAUCUUGCGCAAGACCAUGGAUUUUCAGCAAAUACUAGGCCUUUUAUUAUUCAAGAUGUUGUUGACAUAAGUGACGAUGGCGUUUCAAAGUUCGAGUACACAUCCCUUGGAACAAUAACUGAGUACCGAUUCUCGGAAACAAUCGGAUCCAUCUUCGGUGGACAACAACGUCUAGCUUCAUUGAUUAAUUGGGGUCAACCUUGGGGAUUCCCUUCAUCUGAGAGAACGCUUGUGUUUGUUGAUAACCAAGUAAAUCAAAGAAAUCACGGUGCAGGAAACAGGCAUGUCCUAACCUAUAAAGAUGGGAAACAUUACGUCAUGGCUGUGGCUUUCAUGUUAGCGCAUCCAUACGGUAUUCCUCGGAUCAUGAGCUCAUAUGCCUUCAAUAAUGACGAUCAUGGCCCUCCAGCUGAUGCCAAUGGGAACAUCAUAUCCCCGACAAUCACCUCAGAUGGCAUGUGUAGUAAUAAUUGGAUAUGUGAACAUCGUUUAAAUCCAAUUGCGAAUAUGAUAGGAUUCAGAAAUGCUAUCGCUGGAACGGGUAUUACACAUUGGGUGGACAACGGAGCGAAUCAGAUGGCUUUUUGUCGAGGCAAUCGAGGAUUUAUCAUGUUCAACCUUGAGGGUACUGAUUUCGAUCAAACUAUGCAAACGUGUCUACCUGCGGGGAUCUACUGUGAUGUAAUCACCGGAAAGGUUGGAGAAGGUGGUAUUUGUACGGGAUACUCAAUUGAGGUUGAUGAGAAUGGCUUGGCCAGAAUUUACGUUUCUGCCUUUGGAGCGUAUAAUGUAUUGGCAAUUCAUGUUAAUUCUAGAAUCCAGUAGAAAAUCAAGCGGAUUGCAAUAAGAGUAGGUGUUGAUUUGCAUUGCUGGACAAUUUGAGAGCCGAACAUACGCCUUUUGAAAGGUGUUUUCGGACUUUUCCGGGCAAUUCGAAUCAACACGGUAAGUGGAAGAUGUAUCCGAGCAUGCAGAUAAUUAAAAAUUGAUAUAUUUUUCAAAUCCACAAUACGUUGUCGAUAAGCUGUGUUAAAAAGGUAAUAUUAAAUUGACUACGGUAGAGACAUCUACGAUACUUAUUUAGAUUAUUUAAAA